AUGGGCAAAAACCAAUCGCUCGAGGACCUCCUCGACCAGCUGAAAAUCCACUCGAAAUCAGAAGAUCAUGAAAGAGUUCUGGAAUGCGCUGGUAAUAUACUCAAACAGUCUCCAAAUGACAAGAAUGCCUUGCAUUCUAAGCUCGUUACAUUGAUCAAGCUCGACAAGUUUUCUCAGGCUCUCAAGCUUGUUAAAGACAGCCAACAACUGGAAACCAGCUUCCCUGUGGAGUACGCAUAUGUUCUUUACAAGACUGAGAACUUCGAGGAGCUCCAUGAGAAAUUCGACUCUUUCAAAGGAGAUGGCCAGUCUGGCCUUGCAACAAGAGCCAUUCUUCACAUUCUGGCACAGGCCAGAUACCGUCAGGAAGACUUGGCUAAGGCAGAGGAAAUUUACAAAAAGAUUAUCAAGCCUUCUUCGGUUGAUGCUAGCAUAGGCAAUGAGAAGUCUGAUUUGCUUGUCAAUCAAUCAGCAGUGAGUGCGUUACAGGCUGUUUUAGGUACUGGAUCUUCGAAUUCUUCCGUCCCUUCAAACAAAAGAGACUUGUCAUAUGACCAUCUGUUCAACAUUGCAACUGAACAAAUCGGCUUGGGUAACUUUUCUACGUCUUUGGAGCUGCUGCGGGAAGCUCAGUUAGCUUGUAAAGAUGCUCCUUACCUUCAAACUCCUCAAGAAAUCGCCGAGGAAGUGGCUCCAAUUCUCAUCCAAGCCGCUUAUGUGAAUAGCAUUCUAGGUAACAAAACAGAGGCUAAAUCAAUUCUCGAGGAGUCUGUCAAUCUUCAGGGUCUUAGUCCUGGACUUGUAAAACUUAUUGGUACCAAUAACCUCCUAGCCUUGAGGGAUGUUGACGAAGAUGUGACCAUUGAGAAUGAUAUCGACAAAACUGUUACAUCUGCGGAGGCACUUUCUCAGUCUGUCAAUGCAGUCAAGACAGCACUUAAAUCGCUCAUUGAGUUGGAAAAGAGCUCCACAAAUGAUGCUGACAUCAAUGUUCGGAUUAAUAGUCUACAGAAAAGUCUUCUAUCACACAAUAAGCUUAUUUUACAGCUGCGAUCUGGUAGAGAUAUUACGACUCCAGCCAACCAUCUGGUUAGUAAAGACCCCACGAAAGUCGGUGUCAAGUCUUUGUCUUUAUUUGCUAAACUCAGUGAUAGCGAACAAGACAAUACUGGAGUCGUUUCAAAUGAAAAAUCCACUGUCAAAAAGCUUCGUCAACUUCUUGCACAAUCUUCAGCGCCUUUGACCUUGCCAAUCUCCCUGACUUUGGCUCAGGUUUAUAUCAACAGCAACAAGCUUGACUCGGCGGCUGAAGUGCUCGAAUCGACUUUCAACAACAAUGUUAAACCUGACAAUGUUCAUUAUAAGUCGCCAUAUCUUCCAGGAUUAAUAGGCUCACUUGUAAGCAUCUACACCUUGCAAAACCGACCAAAGGCUGCUGUUGAUCUUAUUGCCGAAUCAUUUAAAUCCUGGUCGUCGUCGUCAUCUUCUAUUGAGACGGAUCUCACCCUUCCAGCUUCAAUUCUUGCCGAGUCUGAUGUUCAUGAAUACCGAUCUUUAGCAUUUGACUACUUCAAAAAUGAAUAUAGUCUGCACCCUGAAUCUGCAUCCAUAUCUGCUGGUCUUUUAAGCACCGGUAACGAGACUGCUGUUGAAAAUUACGAAUCCAUUCUAGGCAAGUCCUCGCUCAUUGCUAUUCAACAACUCACAGAAUCCAUUGAUGUCAAUUCCCUUAAUGAAUCUGGUGUUGCUCCUCUGCUAAAACGUGGUGCCUCAUCUACCUUUACUGAGGCUUCUACGAAACGUCGCAAGGUCACUAAAACCAAACGUCGUUCGAAACUGCCUAAGGAUUAUGAUGCCGCUAAGCAACCUGACCCUGAACGUUGGCUUCCCAAACGUGACCGGAGCACCUGGAAGCCCAAACGAAAAGACAAGCGUAAUGCUAAACAAUCCACGCAAGGUGGUGCUGUCGACAAUACCACUGAAUUGGGUAUCCAAACCCCGACCACUUCAGUUGUCCAGUCCAAGUCUUCCUCUGCUGCCUCUAAAAAUAAAAAGAAGAAGAAGGCUAAGCGUUAA